UCCCCCCGUCUCCUUUGUUGAUUAAACAAAUGUUCGUAGUACACAAAAACAUUGUUGUAUCUUCGGAGCUCAUCCAUCUGAAUUCCAGAAUACUCCGUACUUAACACUGUGUCUGUGUGCUGUUUGGUUGCAUCGAUGAAUGCGUCAAACUUCAUGGACAAACAAAUAAUGGACUUAUCUCGAUCAAAAACCACUGAUCUCAACAACAACAACAACAAUACCGAUUCCAACGAUUUCAUAGAUCUGAUGAACCCUCAAUCUGAAGAAGAUACCAACAAAUCCAACAAUGGUAUUGGAUCAUCAUCAUCGUUGUUGAAUAAGGAGGACGAGAUUUUACCUAACUACGAUUUCCAGCCUAUUCAUCGCCCCGCCGCCGCCGCCGCCGCGGUUCAUUCUAUCUCCUCCGAUCCUGCUGCUGCUGCUGCUGACAGUGGUGCUAGUCCUAGUACAGCUGCUAGGUCUUGGAAUUCCCUCGACUCUAAAUCCAAUUCUUUGCCUCUCAGAAGCUACAGUUCUGUGGAUCAUGUUGAACCUGACAGAAUAAUUCUGGAGAAUGCUCAGAAAGUAAAUGACUCAGCAAUAGUAUCUGAGAUUGAUCGAACCAUGAAAAUGUAUAUAGAAAGUGUGCUUCAUGCUAUUGAUGGCCUAAGUGCACGACUGUCCCAGAUGGAGAGUAGAACACGCCAUCUCGAGCACUCUGUUGAUGAAUUGAAGGUAUCAGUUGGAAAUAGUCAUGGAAGCACUGACGGGAAAAUGAGACAGCUGGAGAACAUUCUUUUAGAGGUGCAAACUGGUGUGCAGGAUUUGAAGGACAAACAAGAGGUUAUGGAAGGUCAUAUGCAGCUAGCGAAACUGCAAAUUUCAAAGGCAGAGCGGUUAGCUGAACGCCCGAAUGCUGUCCAUCCGGAUCCUGUGCAGCAAAUAGCUGCCUCUGCUCCUCCUCAGCAAUCUGGUCUCCAACAGUUUUCAAUUACUGCUCCCCAACAAGCUCCUUCUAAUGCGCCUCCACCAUCACAGCAGCACAGUCAUCCUCCCCCGGGGACCACUCAAUUUCCUCCUGGCCAUAUUCCUCCUGGUCAUAUGCCACCUGAGCCUCAGCGAGAUGCUUAUUACUCACCGCCUGGCCAGGCUCGAGAAGCGUCUAGUCACCAGUAUCAAAUGCCGCCUCCAGUUCAACACCAGCAACAACCCCUUACUCCUGCUCCGCCUCCUCAACAAUAUCAAUCAACCCUGACCACACCUUAUUCUCAGUCUCCCCACCCUCCCCACCAGCAGCAGCAGCAUCCUGCUGUUGUGGGUUCCAACGCUCCUCAUAUCUCACCUCCGUUGGGCCAUCACUUAGAGGAAGGCCCAUUUGUACCAUCUCAGACUUACCCAUCAAAUUACCAUCAGCCUGCAGCCCAACCAAGCAGUAUGCCACCUCACUCCCAGCCUUACUAUGGAAGCCCUACUUCUAUGUAUGAGCCACCACCAACUGGAAGAUCCAGUUCCGGGUUUCCAUCUGCAUAUGUCCCGCCAUCAGGGCCUGGUGAACAAUACCCUUAUGGUGGAGCUGGUUCACAUUUUAGCAGUGGCUCAUCCAUUAAGGCACAACCACAUUCACCCGUUGGUAGUAGCAGCAAUUAUCCUCAGCUUCCCACUGCUAAGCUUUUACCUCAACCUAUUCCUACUGCUGCUGGGAUUAGUGGUGGAUCAAAUUCCGGAGGAAGUGGAAACAGGGUUCCCAUUGAUGAUGUUGUUGAUAAGGUGACUAGUAUGGGAUUUUCCAAGGACCUUGUUAGGGCAACUGUUCGUAAAUUAACAGAGAAUGGGCAGUCAGUUGACCUAAAUGUUGUGCUAGAUAAGUUGAUGAAUGAUGGAGACAUACAUCCUUCUCAGAGGGCCUGGUUUGGCCAGUGACCUGCUAUUGGUUGUAUGAUCCCUUUGUAUAGACGGGUUUCAUGAACAUUUUUAUCCUUGAUUAUUUUUGUUGUUGCCUAGUCAUGUCUUGUAAUUGUGUUAAUUUUCUGUAAUAAUGCUGCUUCUCAUCUCUGUGGUUUUAAUUUGUUGCUGCUGUUUGAUUUUGCAAGAUUCAUAAGCUGAAUAGGGCGAUAUAUUAUUCCCAA